UCAGACGCCAUUAUUUCCAGGCCGGAAAAGGGAAGAACGGGAAAACAUUGAACCGCUUCAUUAAAACUCCUCCAACAAUAAAGAAUUUAGAAAUGGAGGUUCCAGGACCGGACAGCGACUGGAGGAGCCCUCAGUUCCGACAAAAAGUUGUCGCUCAGAUUGAAGAGGCCAUGAGAAAAGCUGGCACAGCUCACACAAAGACCAGCAACGACAUGGAGAGCCAUGUUUAUGGUAAAGCUAAAAGUAGGGAGGAGUAUCUUUCUCUGGUUGCAAGGCUGAUCAUACACUUCAGAGACAUCCACAAGAAGGCACUUGGAACUCCAGAUCCCAUGAAUGCCCUGACUAAUCUGACAGGGGUUGGAGGGGGCCCGGGCCCCAUUGGCAUGGGGCCGCGCCCCACUGGUCCUCCAGUGGGUGGCAUGGGGCCCAUGGGGCCAAUGCAGAUAGGCCAGCAUGCCAUGGCAGGGGUGGCUGGAAACCCACAAGCCAUUGGUGGUCCAGGCCAGAUGCCAAUGCAGCAGUCCAUCCAGUUUCAACAAUUCCAGCAGGCUCAGCAGCAGCAGCAGCAGCAGAAUGCUGCUAUCCAGCAGCAGUUUCAGCAGCAACUGAGGAUGCAGCAACACCACCAAAAUCAACAACUUCAGCAGCAGCACCAGAAUCAGCAGCAGCAGGCCCAAAACCAGCAGCAGCAGAACCAGAUGCACCAGACGAGAAUUCAACAGCAGCAGCAGCAGAUGGCACAGCUGCAGUUCCAGCAGCAGCAGGCUCAAGCACAGGCCCAGGCCCAGGCCCAGGCCCAAGCUCAGGCCCAAGCUCAGGCUCAAGCUCAGGCUCAGGCUCAAGCCCAGGCUCAAGCCCAGGCUCAAGCCCAAGCCCAAGCCCAGGCUCAAGCCCAAGCCCAGGCCCAAGCCCAGGCCCAGGCCCAAGCUCAGGUUCAGUCAAUUCAACACCUGCAGGUCCAGGCUCAGACGCCGGGGCAGAUGCCACCACAUUCUCAGCAGGCUGGGAUGAUGACAUCUACUCAGCAUGUACCCAUCAACUCACUCACUCAGCAGCAGCAACAGCAGCACCAAUUUAAAAUUCAGGCCUUCCAGCAGGCCCGUGCAGCCUUGCAGCAGGUUCAGCAGGCACAACAAGCUCAGCAGGCUGCAGCACAGGCACAACUCAAUGCAGCUGCUGCUGGACCCGGCCAGUUGGUUCGUCCUGGGACUCAGAUUACUUCCCGACUGCCUCGAGCCACCCAUCCCUCCAUCCCUUCUCCAAAUGCUGCAGCUGUAGCUGCUGCAGCUGUAGCUGCUGCAGCUGCUGCCGCCACAGCUGGGGGACAGACAAUGCCACCACAGGGACAGCCACACCCAAUUAUGUCAUCGCCAUCGCCGGUGCAGGUCCAGACACCACAGCCGAUGCCUCCCCCUCCACAACCUUCCCCCCAACCCCCCACUUCACAGCCAAACUCAGCCAGCUCGGGUCCAACUCCAUCUCCAGGAGGUUUCCAGCCCAGCCCAUCUCCUCAGCCCUCACCAAGCCCUGCCAGCGUCAGAACGCCCCAAAACUAUGGAGUUCCCUCGCCCGGGCCACUCAAUACUCCAGGUAACCCCAGCUCAGUGAUGAGUCCGGCUGGAGCCACUUCUUUAGAGGACCAGCAGUACAUGGAGAAACUUAAACAGCUCUCCAAAUACAUUGAACCUCUGCGCAGGAUGAUCAACAAGAUUGACAAAAAUGAAGACAGAAAGAAGGACCUCAGUAAGAUGAAAAGUCUGCUCAACAUUCUCACUGAUCCAACCACAAGAUGUCCUCUAAAGACUCUGCAGAAAUGUGAAAUCGCUCUGGAAAAACUAAAGAAUGACAUGGCUGUGCCGACACCUCCUCCCCCCCCAGUAGCCACCAAGCAGCAGUAUCUGUGUCAGCCGUUGCUAGACGCCGUCAUGGCCAACAUUCGCUCUCCAGUUUUUAACCACUCUUUGUACCGAACCUUUGCACCUGCCAUGACCGCCAUCCAUGGUCCACCCAUUACGGGUCCCAACAUCUCUGGUCGGAAGAGGAAGAUUGAAGACGAUGAGCAGAUAGUUCCCAACAUUCUGCAGGGAGAGGUGGCCCGUCUUGAUGUCAAGUUUCUUGUUAACCUUGAUCCUUCAUACUGCAGCAACAACGGUACUGUGCACCUCCUCUGCAAACUAGAUGAUAAAAAUCUCCCAAGUGUUCCUCCUCUGCAGCUCACUGUACCUGCUGACUAUCCUGAUCAGAGUCCUUUCUGGGCUGAUGAUGGAGAGCAGUACGGUGCAAAUAACUUCCUGCAGUUGGUCCACAGGAACAUGACGUCUAAACUGCUGCAGCUGCCGGACAAACACUCAGUGACUGAACUACUCAACACAUGGGCUCAGAGUGUCCGUCAGGCUUGUCUCUCAGCAGCCUGAAUCUUUGACCACUACUCAUAUGAUAUCAACUGCUGCUUCUGGACCUAAAGAAAUACUUUACAGAAUGGCAUGGGCAAAGACAUCCUCUCAAAACUUUAAAGCUGCAUUCAUAACUUUUAGUGUUAAAGACUCAUUAUCUCCUGAAACAUCCUAUACACAAAUAAUCCUGCUGUGUAUCCACAGAACCUUCUCAUGGAAUCUUGUUUUGAAAACGUCAACACCUAAAACUGCUUUAAGGACCAAGUGAAUACUGAUGUAAACUCCCAGAAUCCUCUGAAGGAUUCCUCUGAAUGUCGCCAAGUCAUAGCAAUGACUUCACAUUACAGACUGUUGAAUCAGGCCACUUUAAGGAUCUCCAGAUCUAAAUCUGGAGAUCCAUCCAUAGACCAUCUAAAUCUAGAUGGUCUGUGAAAGUCAGCUUAAGAAUGGUUUUAUAGUAAAUGAAAUCAAAAUAAAGCUCUCUUGGGAUUCUAUUUCCAUCUAGUGUCUCACUAACAAAUGCAGAAUUGCUUUAUGCUUGUGUACUGGCUAAGUAUUUUCGUCCUCUGAUGCUGCAUAUAUUGAUAUGUUGAAAAGUGGAAUGGUUGAAAAUCAGUAGCAGCAAUGGGCAAAACAGGAACCCCCUCACAAAAAUACUUCCCACAAAAAUAAAACUCUGAUUCUUCUAAAAUCAGUGUGGCAUUAGUGCGGGAUGAACUUGGAAAUGUGAAAUGAAAUAUUAGCUGUGCAUUCUGGGUAAAUUCUGUCUUUCUGUACAAUUCCAAACUAACUGCUCUCAAGUUUACUCCUGCAAAUCAUAAAUUUCAGCAAAGAGCUUUUAAUAGUCAGUGUUCCUCUUCCUUCUCUAGCUUUUGAUGUUUUGAGUAGGUCACUGAUCAGAAAUACCUGUGUACAUUGAAAAUAUGUACACAGGACACACAAAGGGAAAAUAGUAACUGACCAACUUGUGAACAACAUAACUGUUAUUUAUCCUGAUAUAUUUUCUGCUUUUUUCAUCUUUAUAUUUUUAAGGUUGGUUUGUUUGAUGUUAUAUCUAGAAAAGAUCACUGAACAGCAACUCUAAAACGUUGUGAACUUUGAUUUUCAAAGUAAAAGAAUAAAUGUAUUUUUUUUGUGGUCAA